UGCGUGUAUGUGUACGUGUAUGCGUACGUGCGGGUACUGACAGUUGGGGCGCGCGUGCCCAGGUACGAGGAGGUGCUGUCGCACGUGACGCCCAUCUUCCUGCGCGACGAGCCGCUGUCGCGCUGCUUCCCGCCCGACGCGUCCGGAGCGCGCGCCGCCGACUUCCGCGCCUACGCCGCGCAGCAGCUGCGCAGCGGCCUGUGCGUGGCGGCGCUCAGCGGCGGCCGCGUCGUCGCCGCCUGCCUCAACCGCGUGCUGCCCAGCGCCAAGGUGCUCGGCGUCGACGUGCGCGCGCUCGGUUGCGAGGAGGACGACCCGCUGAACCGCAACGUGCUGCGGCUGCUGACGUCGGUGCACCAGCGCCUGGACAUCUUCGGCGCGCUGGGCGUCUCCGAGGUGCUCGAGAUCGGCCUCAUCUCCGUGGAAGGCUCGCACACCGGCAGGGGGCUGGGCACGAAGGUGGUGAAAGCCAGCCUGGCACUGGGGGCCGCCCAGGGGCUGCAGGCGGUCAAAGCCGACUGCACGGGCAUCGCGUCGGCCAAGUGCUGUCAGAAGGCCGGGCUGGUGGAGAUCUACUCGCUGCCCUACGACGACUACAAGCCCGAUGGCCGCGUCGUCUUCGCCGGCACCCAGCCGCCCAACGAAGCGCUGCGCGUCUACGCCGGCAGGCUGCACUGCGAGGAGCCCUACGUCUCCCCGCUGGCCGGCUUCAAGCUGUGAACGGACUCGGGACGGGUGGGGGACACGUGUGUGCGCGAAGGUUGGGCCGCGGUUACGUUGACGACACUAGGUGUGGAGAGAUUGCUGUAAGAAGGGACUGCAGUGGAAGUCACUGCUUGGCCAGUGCUGGCAAGAUUUUGCCCAAUCACUUAUUUGGUCAGUGCGUUCGUUUACAGUUAGCUCAUGUGUGAACGGCUUCAUCACAGGCUCUAGCAAUGUCAUGGCGCUGUAAAAGUUAUUGCUUGACCACAUAACUGAAGAUUUGGCCCAAUCACUCAUUUGGUCAGUGCGUUCGUUUACAGUUGACUCAUGUGU